GGGUCCCUCAAAGCCAGUCAGUUGCUGGACCAGAGUGCACGCAGCUGGUGCUUCCGCCCGGAAGCCGUUCGUACGACUUGCCGGGAGCGUGGGUGCGGGCAGCGGAGUUGCUCCCGGGGAUGGCCCCGAAACCCUCAGAUUCUGUGGAGGGGCUCCGCGCUGCCGGCAACCAGAGCUUCCGCAACGGCCAGUACGCCGAGGCCUCGGCGCUGUACGAGAGUGCACUGCGGCUGCUGCAGGCACGAGGUUCUCCAGACCCUCAAGAGGAAAGUGUUCUCUAUUCAAACCGUGCAGCAUGUCACUUGAAGGAUGGGAACUGCACAGACUGCAUCAAAGAUUGCACCUCAGCACUGGCCUUGGUUCCCUUCAGCAUCAAGCCCUUGCUGCGACGGGCAUCUGCCUAUGAAGCCCUGGAGAAGUACCCUCUGGCCUAUGUUGACUACAAAACUGUGCUACAGAUUGAUAACAGUGUGGCAUCGGCCCUGGAAGGCAUCAACAGAAUAACCAGAGCUCUCAUGGACUCACUUGGGCCUGAGUGGCGUGUGAAGCUGCCCGCUAUCCCCGUGGUGCCUGUUUCAGCCCAGAAGAGGUGGAAUUCCUUGCCUUCUGAGAACCACAAAGAGACAGCUAAAAGCAAACCCAAAGAGACUACAGCUGCAAAGAGCAGAGUGCCUUCUGCUGGGGAUGUGGAGAGAGCCAAAGUUCUGAAGGAAGAAGGCAAUGAACUUGUAAAGAAGGGCAGCCAUAAGAAAGCUAUUGAGAAGUACAGUGAAAGCCUCUUGUUCAGUAACCUGGAGUCUGCGACAUACAGCAACAGAGCACUCUGCCAUCUGGUCCUGAAGCAGUACAAGGAGGCAGUAAAGGACUGCACCGAAGCCCUCAAGCUGGAUGGGAAGAAUGUCAAGGCAUUUUACAGACGGGCUCAAGCCUACAAGGCACUCAAGGACUACAAAUCCAGCCUUGCAGAUAUUAGCAGCCUCCUACAAAUUGAACCCAGGAAUGGCCCUGCACAGAAGUUACAGCAGGAAGUUAACCAGAACCUGAACUAAAAUCCCCAAAGGCCAGGAGCAACCCUUUAUCCAUCCUUCCCAGAGAAGCCAGGGUCCUCCUCUGCAUCUGUCCCUGACACCCAGCAUGCCCCCGAAGGAGUGCUAAAGCCUCACCCGCUUCAGCCCCUUGGAGAGGCAGCAGCCUUCCACCUGAGAGGCUUUGCUUGUUCAAAGUAAGCCCGUUGUAGACAAACACAGGACUUCUUGUCUGAAAGGUUCCCACUGGAGCUAAAGUGUGAAGCUAAAGCCCUCACCCUAUCCCCCUGCUUCAGUCUGGUCCUUGUCAACAAAGUACUUGACUUCAUCCCUGACCCAGAUGUGCUGCAGACUGAAUGUUGCCCUUGUAGCUUCCCAGACCCUACUUUUCUACAGUUAAUCUGAGUUAGGAGGGUAAUGUUUGACAGACUAAAACCCUGGCCCACUUAUAUCCAAAGCGGCCUGUUGAGCUGGUUCUCCAAGGCUGCAACCUCCCCAAGGAGGCAGCUGCUGUCCAUGCCCUGUCCUUGGCACAUUGCCCUGUGUCGAGCCCCAGUGCCUUUAGUCCAGAUCCUCCUUUGUGGGAAAGCAGAGCUCUGACCCUUGGGGGCUCUGUCCAUGGCUCUGUGUUGUUGCCUUCUGUGUGGAGCUACCUAAGCUAUUUCAAAGAGCCCUGUGGUGAUGGCCAUUCCUCCUGGGAUCAGGAGAGAGGCCUCCUUGAGGUCAGUGUCCUAUUCUGAGCCGGAACUGAACUUUCCCCCCAACAGCAGCCCCUGCAGGCUUCUUUGUUCUUUGUUUAUAUGUUGAAGUUAAUUUGAACUGACUGAUUUUAUUGACCUGUGUGUUUAAGCUAUUGCAUUAAAAGGCUUUCUUCUA